GUGCAGACCAAAGCGGACACUGUUUACAACUUUACAAAAUGACUGCGACAAUGAUGUUCUCCAUAACGAAUUGCACCAAAAUAUGUGCUUUAAUUCUGCUUCUGGUGUCAAUUGCUUUUGCAUUUCGGGAUCCAAUCAAUUAUAUGUACGAAACACAUAAAGUGGAAACUCGAUCGUCAAGCAGACAAUACUGUGGAAAUAACUUAGUCCGAGCCCUCCAUCUAAUCUGCGAGAGCUAUAAUAAACGGAGUCCUCUUCCCAUUCAUUCGUUUAGAUUAUCCCAAACUCAUGAGAACAAUUCCGGCCCCGAAGACGAAAACAUCGAGGGAUCUAAAUAUUCAUUGUCUUUAAGCAAUGCUCACAACAAUAAUCACAAUAAAUAUUUUCAUCGAAUGCUGAGAGGAGUAGUGGACGAGUGCUGUCGGCGAUCGUGUUCUAUCACUCAAUUGUCCCAAUACUGUGGAGUGACACGAGUGACCACAACCACCGCCGCCCCUGUCCUCGAGGCCUAA